ACUCAAAAUUACUUAGGAUACUUCGAGUGAGAUGCUCAGUCUGGUAAUGCCAUCCUGAUACCUACUGCUACUUGAAGAAGAAUUAAUUUAUCAAUGAUGAACCUUUCCAUCAUUGUCAAAAUAUCAUUAUCAGAUUUCAGGGCUAAUAAUAAUCUCAAUAAUAUUUAAAUUAAGCAAUUAACACGAUGGUGGGUGCAAAGGGGAGGAAGUUGUUGGCUGUGGCAGUGAGCCUCAUGGCGCUGCUAAUCACCUGCUCAGCUGAAGACGGCGAUCGUCGUGAUGACGCGCGUAUCAUAGCAGUCGUGAGCACAUGGACGCAGCUGUCGUUCGUCACCAGCACCACCACCAAGCCGUACACCUGCGCCAGACUACAGAACACGGCCGCGUGCAGGAAACGAAGAAGCUACAGGAAAGCUCUCGAGCUUCCAAAAUCUGGGUCUAUUGACGACAUCGGAGCAUCACUCACUGAUCCUCGUAUGCACGCAAAUGCGGACACCGACGCCAACGAAGGAUCCCGGGACCCUAAGCUGGCUUUGACUUUAUGGCAGUCCUUCACUUCCACCUACACAAUGCUCAUGACUUCAACCGACACGGCCAGGACUUUUUCAGUAUCUUUCUUCUGCAGUAUCGUCGGCGGUAACUUCCCUCCUGCGUGUGCAGGCAAAUGAUUCACUAAUUUUUGGUUUUGUCUACAUAUUCGUUGCUUCCAUUUGUGGUGAAGAAGAAAAAGCUCAGCAAUUGUUUCCAAUUUGGAAUUGAAAUGUGACUUGAUUGUAUUUCGCUUGAAUCCUGUUAACCUGAAGAAGGACAAAACGUCUUCACGAACCAGAAAAAUAUUUAAACUUUCAAAUGUUACGAGUACCUUGAUUCUUUCAUCUGUAAAUGAAGUGAUAUUUUAAGGUAUCGAUAUAUGCUAUGUAUUAUGGAGUCGUUUAUUCAAUAAUAUCUGCACCGUAAUAAACGGUAUUCUCUUUACACCUAUAUGUCCAUCUUCUAUGUGUCCAUCUCUAGGUAAAAAUGUCACCUAGAUAUUACAGAUGCAAAACAGAAUCGUAAAAUGCGUAAUUAUAUUUGCUUUGGAGCAUUGCAAUGAAAGAGCAAAAAUUGAAAUGCAUUUGUAGCCCUAAAUAUAAUGCGAGAAUCAUCAUGUACUGCUUAUUUCAAUUUUUACCGUUUUUUCUCCGU